UUUUUGACGUAUCUACACAUGGUUUCUGUCAAAAUGUGUCAAAUUCCCGUUUUUUUCUUAGAAUUUUAGGUUCCUGUUAAAAUAAGUUUUUGAAAUUACAUAAAACUUUUGAUAAAUUAAAUGAAUUGCAGUAAUUAUUUCUCGGGUUCCCAAAUAAAACGUUAGCCAUGUUAAUUACUUAGCUAAUGCUGAUUGAUACACCAUUAGACAUAAAUAUCGUGUUAUUGGCGGUACGCGUAAGAGCGAAAGAAAGCUGGUUAUUGUUAUUAGGUCAAUGGUGUGCGGUACGCUAGUGCCGGUAGUGUGGUGACGUCGGCAGACGAGGCGCGGGCGGCCGUACGCAGCCGAGAAUCAGUUAGCGCCGGUAGCAUCGCCCGGCGGACACGUUCUAUGUACUUAAAUUACUUUCGUGAAAGUAAGUGUACGUUGGAAAAAUGGGCGCCAAAGUCGAGAAUGUGGGGAUCCUUGCCAUGGAACUGUAUUUCCCGUCGCAAUACGUUGAUCAGAUCGAGUUAGAGAAGUUCGACGAAGUGUCUACCGGGAAGUACACCAUCGGCCUCGGACAGAGCAAAAUGGGCUUCUGCUCGGACCGGGAGGACAUAAACUCCAUCUGCCUCACCGCGCUGCACCGACUCAUAGAGAAGAACAAUAUCAAUUUGCAUGACAUAGGUCGUUUGGAGGUUGGUACUGAAACCAUUAUAGAUAAAAGUAAAAGUGUCAAGACAUUCCUCAUGACAUUAUUCGCCAAAGAGGGUGCCACAGACAUUGAGGGCAUUGAUAGUACAAAUGCAUGUUAUGGUGGCACUGCUGCUCUAUUCAAUGCUGUCAACUGGGUGGAGUCUUCAUCUUGGGAUGGAAGGAAGGCGAUAGUAGUGGCUGGCGAUAUUGCUGUUUAUGGUAAAGGUCCUGCUAGGCCUACUGGAGGUGCUGGUGCAGUGGCUAUGCUAAUAGGACCUGAUGCACCACUAGUGUUGGAUCGUGGAGUCCGUGCAUCAUACAUGACACAUGCCUAUGAUUUCUAUAAACCAGACUUGGCAUCUGAGUUCCCUUACGUAGACGGAAAGCUUUCAAUCCAAUGCUACCUCAACGCUUUAGAUAAUUGUUACAAUUUAUUUUGUAAGAAAAUGAGAAAGACAGAUCCUAGCUUCAAAGGCCUACUGAGCUUAGAUGGCAUGUUAUUCCAUUCACCGUAUUGCAAACUUGUGCAGAAAUCAUUAGCUAGACUAUGUUUUAAUGAUUUCUUGAAUGCUGCGCCUGAGGAGAGGGAAGCACAGUUUCCAGGCUUGUCCCAGUUCAGUGAACGGUGUUUGCAAGACACAUAUUUCGAUCGAGAAGUUGAGAAGGCGUUCAUGACUUACAGCCAAGAAUUAUUUGAAGAGAAGACAAAGCCUGGUCUUCACAUAGCUCGGAAUGUUGGCAAUAUGUACACACCGUCUUUGUAUGGAGGCCUAGUUUCUUACCUCAUUAGCAAGUCACCUGAUCAGCUCAUCGGAAAGAAAUUUGCAUUAUUCUCUUAUGGAUCCGGUCUGGCAUCAACAAUGUAUUCUAUCAAUAUUUGUAGUGAUAUGAGUGCUGGCUCAAAGUUAGAAAAAUUGAUUAAUUCCCUACAUGAUACGGUAUCUUUGCUAGACAAAAGAGAAGCUGUGGAGCCUGUAAAGUUUUCUGACAUCAUGGAUAUAAGAACAAUGAACUACCAUACAGCUCCUUAUGAACCCUCAGGGUCCAUAGACAUCCUAUUCCCAGGCACAUAUUACCUUGUCAAAAUUGAUGAAUUAAGAAGACGCACCUAUGAUAGGAAACUUUAAAUUUACAUUAAUUUAGCAUAAUUUUGGUUGUUGUGGUGCAGGAGUUGUUAGUUAAUAAUUGGUUUCAUAAUUAAAUUUAUCAUUAGUAAGAUUGUUUUGUAUUAAUUACAUUGGUUCAAAGUUUAUGUUUGUUAUCUAUUAGAAAACAUCUACAUUUAUUGCUUCGUAAGUUAUAGACGUCUGCAAUUAUAUUAGAUAACAUUCUAAUUAGUUUAACACUAAAGUGUAUGUUAAGGCACAUUUGUUUUGCACACACAUCAGUAACUAUGUCUCUUCAAUAUUCACUACAAAAUUUGUUAUUUUUAUAUCUAGUCAGAUUAAAUAAUUAUCUGAGUGAUAAUCUCAAAACGCAAGCUAGUAAAAACCUAUCAAGGCUAAGCAAACUCUUAAAUGUAUACAACAUAUUUAUUACAAAACUUGAUAUAAGUAAAUAAUUUGCUAAAUGCUAUAUCCAAACCUAUGUAUCAGUAUUUAUGUCAAUUAAAGAGCUGUAUGGUCCCUGAAAAUUCCAUUUUUGAUAAUAAAAUUUACAUAUAAUGUAGUCAAUGUUUAUAUUUCAAAUAAGUAAUGAAUUGUGCUAUCGGUACUUGUAUUUUAAAAGUCAUUCAUUACAUUUGCUAAAAUUAUAACGUUCUUUAUUCUAAAAUUAUAAAGUAGACCAUUUUUAUGUUAUUCAUUAAUAAAUUAUAUGAAAUCUA